AAUGAACAAAUAUUGUCUUUCCUGUGUUUGCAAUGUUUGCCCUUUGUUUACUGGUGUAAUUAGCUACCACCGGUCAUUUUAUUCAGCUCAGUUACAUUCCGUUUCGAACCCUUUUAUUUAUUUUACCUUUGGCCACUUUUGUGUUUAUCAUCCGUCUGCCCUUCCCCCACUUGCCUACCAGCUUUUACGGUUUCCAAAAAAAUGAAUAAAGCGCAGUUCCUUUUUCUACUUUCGGUCAUUUCGCUACUCUGGAAAGGUGCAGACAUAAAAUGCUCAGCCCCCACUGGGGCUGCUCCUAAAGGCCCCAGUUUCGCCCAAACGAAGGCCCAAAGCGCGGAAAAAAACAUGCCCGAUUUGUUCAGCUUAUUUUCCGCAAAACCGAAAUCAGCGCAGCCAAUGUUUAACUUUUUCUUGGAGGAAAAUCGAAAUUUAUGGCUACAUCGUACGAAGAACAAUGAAGCGAACAGAAAUACGCGAAGACGCUUUUCAGACUUUCAAGAACUCAGACAGAAUGACUUAUCGCGCUUUCACGAAUUGAUGAGCAUCCAGAAUGAGCAAAUGAAUAUGCUGAAAAAUGCCAUACUGUCAAUGGAGGAGGUUUAA